AUGGAACACCACCAAGCUCAAAGCCAGCCUAAGGCCAAAUUGAAGGAGAGCUUUGCAGCUAGGAGGAACAAGUUUGUCGGUGUAAGGCAGAGGCCUUCUGGGAAAUGGGUUGCCGAGAUCAAAGACACCACGCAGAAGAUAAGGAUGUGGUUGGGGACGUUCGACACGGCCGAGGAAGCUGCUAGAGCUUAUGAUGAAGCCGCUUGCCUUCUCCGGGGUUCGAAUACCCGGACCAAUUUCGUGACUCAUGUUCCGACUGAUUCUCGUCUCUCAUUGAAGAUUAGGAAUCUGCUUGAUCAUAAGAGGAGUUUAAGGCAAGGGGCUUGUAAUAAUAACACCAACUCCAACAAAAUCACGAUUAAAGCAAGUACUGUUGUUAGCCGUGAUGGAAGUAUCGGUAAUGCCGCUAGCACUGGUAGCUCUGUGUCCCGCAUCAAGGAUGAUGGUUUUAUGUGUAAUUCGAUCCAGAUGUUUGAUGGCGUGUACAGGCCAGAGUUGAGCAAUUUUCCCGGGGAACUUGAACCAGCCCCGUCACAAUUCGGUCAAGUCUGGCCUAUCGCAACAGGGUUUGAUCAGAUUCCAGUAGGACAAGGAAUGGAGUUGCCACAAGAUGCUGGUCUUUUGCCACAAGGAAUUCACCAGGAGCUUCAGGAAUUUGAACGCUUGAAGGUAGAAAGACAGAUAUCAGCAAAUUUAUAUGCAAUGAAUGGGGUAAAUGAGUACCUUCAGAGUGCAUUUGAUCCAAAUGAUGUUAUCUGGGAUCUUCCUACGCUUUGCCACUUGUUCUGCCAAAGCUGAUUCUGUGUUUUUGCCAUGAAAGAAAGUAACUUGAGGUUGUCUGUUCCUAGUGUUUGCUUUAGAAAGAAUUUGAAACAACAAUUUUCACUUUUUGAAAUGAAAAUUAUUACUGUUUCAGUUA